GUGUGAUUCGAACGAGAUGUUGUUGCUCAAAGCCUCGACUGUCAACUUCUUAUGGCUUAACACCCAGCUGUGGUUGGAAGAAUGUGACUGGUUUUCAGCCAUGUGUGCUCAAAUCAUGCGAAAGCUCUAGGAAGGCGUGUCAUCUAUUAAGAGGAUAUGAAGGAACGAACCCAUAGGAGACAGAUGGCUGAGGUGCUCGAAGAGGAUUUGGCGUUGUUCAUGUCAAAUGGGACGAUUACGUCGUGUCAGAAGCUUCAUCUGAAUGAUAUCUCAGAAGCCCUCAAGAUAAAAGUUUUGAAGAUCUGUUGUUGUAACUGGUUUCCUACAACUAAUGAUAGCUAUGGUUCAAAAGGGUGUGCACGCAUCGUGUACAUGGUCAUGAACAAGCUGAAAUUCGAUUUCGGCAGACUCGUGUUUGAUCAUAUCUUCCAAAUGGUCAUGAAUUUGGUGGCGAUGAGACUGGUCAUUGUAGUGCUUCAGGCUGAACGGCACUGUUAUCAGGUUGAUAGUAAUCAUCAAAAUGCCAAUUGGUUAAGUCUGAUUGAAAGAACUAUUAAGAACAUGGUUUCCGCUGCAGGCCAUUGUGGUCGCUUAUGUUUAGUCUUUCGAGGUACUAAUGUUAAGAUCAUUUCUGGAUAUUGGUAUGUUGUUGUGUUCGAUUCUGGAUCAGCACGUUGUGCGCAGAACAGCUCGCUCUCUGAAUUAGGAAGCUGCAUCAGAUCACAUCAGACGCCUGAGUUGCUGACAUGGAAGCAGGAAGCUGACGGUGGAGAGCCUGAUUUGAUGACAGGAGCAAAGAUGAUACUCCAUGACUGGCAAAGAGGCUGUAUUCCUUUCUUUGUCCCACCUCCUGAGGUAGACGACGUGGUGGCAGAAUCAGAAGCAACAGUGCCAGGUAUAGAUGAAGAAGCCAUAGCUGUUAGCUGAUAAAGGUCAAGCAGCUGCUGCAUUGAAAGCCAUUGCUGGAAUCAUGUCUACCCAACAACAGAAAGAUGUUCCGGUCCAAUGAGAUUUCUUUGACGAGAUAGACCUUGAGGAUGAUAAUAAAGCAAAGGAGUCAGAUUCUGCCGAGUAAUGUUACACUUGCAAAAUUUUGUUUUUGAUACUUGUAAGCCUUGUCUUAAUCAAACUCAAAGUGAGAC